GCCAUUUGACACAGUUUUCCCACUGGGAGUGGUUGCUGAUGUUGUUGUUCUUUGAACUUUUCUAAGCUUCUAUUAUUUAAUUAUUCAUUUAACUUAAUUGUCUUUUUUCACAUAUAUAAGUCCACGAUGGUAAUGAAGUAGUGGAUGUGGUGUUUUUGGAUGAUGAAAUUUCAGGUCUUGUAGAGAGUGUUUGGAACUGUGGAAUUUUCAUUUCUCAUCAUGGCAUCUAAGUCACCUCGAUUCAAACACGGUUCAUCAAUGGUUAGAAAAAUCACCCAACUGAGCAAUGAUCUUGAUCAUGAUCAAGAUCAAGAGAGUGAGAAUGGUGGUGGUGGUGUUGCUACCUACACAGUUCACAUUCCACUAACCCCUGAUAACCAACCAAUGGAGAUUGCUCUGGAGAGAUCGACUUCGAGGCGAGUGGAGGACCAAUAUGCAUCUAGUUCAUUGUUUACUGGGGGUUUCAAUCAGGUUACAAGGGCUCAUUUGAAGGAGAAGAUGAUUGAGUCUGAGUCAAGCCACCCCCAGAUGUCGGGGGUGAAGGGAUCGUCCUGCGCGGUCCCUGGCUGUGAUGGGAAGGUUAUGACCGAUGAGAGGGGGUUAGACAUACUCCCUUGUGAGUGUGAUUACAAGAUUUGCAGGGAUUGUUAUAGGGAUGCUUUGAGAACCGGUGAGGGGAUUUGCCCUGGCUGCAAGGAACCUUACAAGGAGUUGGAUGCGAAUGAUGGAUAUAGGGCCGGCCAGCAGCCUGCACUGCCCUUGCCACCCGGUGCUGGAGUGUCGAAGAUGGAGAGGAGGUUGUCGUUGAUGAAAUCGGGGACUUUGACAAGGAGCCAGGCUAAUAAUGACUUUGAUCAUGCUCAGUGGUUGUUUGAAACUAAGGGGAGCUAUGGCUAUGGGAAUGCUAUGUGGCCGAAAGAGCCGGAAAACGAUGCUAGUUCUAUUUCUGAAUGGAUGGGUGGUGACCCUCAUGUGUUCAAGGAAAAGCCAUGGAGACCUUUGACCCGGAAAUUGACUAUCUCUGCUGCAAUUCUGAGUCCAUAUAGGCUAAUAAUAUUUGCUCGGCUAGUGAUUCUUGGUUUCUUCUUAGCGUGGAGGGUUCGAAACCCCAAUGAAGAUGCACUCUGGUUAUGGGGUAUGUCUGUUGUUUGUGAAAUCUGGUUUGCCUUCUCCUGGCUGCUUGAUCAGCUUCCUAAGCUCUUCCCUGUCAACCGGUUCGCCGAUCUUGAUGUUCUGAAGGAGAAGUUUGAAACUCCCACUCCCAACAAUCCUUCUGGCAAGUCUGAUCUCCCAGGAAUAGAUAUUUUUGUGUCGACUGCGGAUCCUGAAAAAGAACCUCCACUUGUCACAGCAAAUACAAUUCUUUCCAUUCUAGCUGCCGAUUAUCCGGUAGAGAAACUUGCAUGUUACGUCUCUGACGAUGGAGGCGCUCUUCUAACUUUUGAGGCCAUGGCAGAGGCUGCAAGUUUUGCCAACUUGUGGGUUCCUUUUUGUCGAAAGCAUGACAUUGAACCGAGGAACCCUGACUCAUACUUUAGUAUGAAGAGAGAUCCCUACAAGAACAAAGUUCUCCCUGACUUUGUAAGGGAUAGAAGGAGGGUAAAGCGUGAAUAUGAUGAGUUCAAGGUUCGGAUCAAUGGCCUUCCUGAUUCAAUCCGCCGGCGUUCUGAUGCUUACAAUGCCAGAGAAGAGAUAAAAGCUAUGAAGCUUUGGAGGGAGAAUGGACAUGAUGAACCAAUGGAGAAUGUGAAAAUUCCUAAAGCUACUUGGAUGGCAGAUGGUACCCACUGGCCUGGCACUUGGACAACUCCAGCAUCGGAACAUUCUAGGGGCGAUCAUGCUAGUAUCAUACAGGUCAUGUUAAAACCUCCAAGUGAUGAACCACUAACUGGUGUUGCAUCAGAUGCAAAUGCUAUGAAUUUAACCGAAGUUGAUAUUCGGCUUCCCAUGCUUGUCUAUGUUUCUCGAGAAAAAAGACCAGGCUAUGAUCACAACAAGAAGGCUGGGGCGAUGAAUGCGCUGGUCCGAGCCUCAGCCAUUAUGUCAAAUGGUCCUUUCAUACUUAAUCUGGACUGUGACCAUUACAUAUUUAAUUCCCAGGCAUUGAGAGAAGGUAUGUGCUUCAUGAUGGACCGUGGUGGUGACAGAAUCUGCUAUGUUCAAUUCCCUCAGAGGUUCGAAGGAAUAGACCCUUCGGAUCGCUAUGCCAAUCAUAACACAGUCUUCUUUGAUGUCAAUAUGCGCGCCCUUGAUGGGAUUCAAGGUCCUGUAUAUGUAGGCACAGGUUGCUUAUUCAGAAGGACUGCACUCUACGGCUUUGAUCCACCUCGGGUGAAAGAAGAGUCUAGUUGCUUCGGCCGCAAGAAUAAGAAAUCCUCCACAGUUGCCUCACUCCCGGAAACUGGUUCUGUUGAGGAUCAGUCAUUUGCAAAUGGUGGCGCGGACGACGAAGGCCUUGCUCUUAUUCCCAAGAGUUUUGGCAACUCAAGUCUCCUUAUUGAUUCAGUCAGGGUGGCCGAGUUCCAAGGUCGACCCCUCGCUGAUCAUUCGUCAAUCAAAAAUGGAAGACCACCGGGUGCUCUAACCCUUCCUCGGGAUCUUCUGGAUGCUGCUACUGUGGCAGAGGCUAUCAAUGUUAUCUCCUGCUGGUAUGAAGACAAGACUGAAUGGGGCCUUCGAAUCGGGUGGAUUUAUGGGUCUGUUACUGAGGAUGUUGUGACAGGUUAUAGAAUGCACAAUAGGGGAUGGAGGUCCAUAUAUUGUGUGACUAAGAGGGAUGCCUUCCGUGGCACUGCUCCGAUCAACCUGACCGACCGGCUCCACCAGGUUCUUCGUUGGGCUACCGGCUCUGUCGAAAUAUUCUUUUCUCGAAACAAUGCUCUUUUGGCCAGCCUGAAAUUGAAGUUCCUACAGAGAAUAGCUUACCUCAAUGUUGGAAUCUAUCCAUUCACAUCAAUCUUCCUCAUUGUUUACUGCUUCCUUCCAGCUCUUUCCCUCCUUACCGGUCAGUUCAUCGUCCAGAGCCUCCAAGUAACAUUCCUAGUGUACCUCUUGGGCAUCACUGUGACCCUUAUCUUACUCGCCAUCCUCGAGGUUAAGUGGUCCGGUAUUGAACUCGAAGAGUGGUGGAGGAAUGAGCAAUUCUGGCUGAUAGGAGGCACUAGUGCCCACCUUGCUGCAGUUCUCCAAGGCCUACUCAAGGUGAUGGCUGGCAUUGAAAUUUCAUUCACUUUGACAUCAAAGUCAGCCGGGGACGACGAAAACGACGAAUUUGCUGACCUCUAUAUCAUCAAAUGGACAUCUCUGAUGAUACCACCAAUCACCAUCAUGAUGGUAAACUUGAUAGCAAUAGCUGUGGCAGUUAGCAGAACUAUAUACAGCGAAGAUCGAAAAUGGAGCAGCUUGCUGGGUGGUGUGUUCUUCAGCUUAUGGGUGCUGGCUCAUCUCUAUCCGUUUGCAAAAGGGCUCAUGGGAAGAAGGGGUAGAACACCAACCAUUGUGUUUGUAUGGUCAGGGCUUAUAUCAAUCACCAUUUCUCUUCUUUGGGUUGCCAUUGAUCCUCCUUCAGGUAGCUCUGAUAUUGGAGGAUCUUUUCAAUUCCCUUGAUUCAUUCUUUUCUAUUGUUUCUAGUGCUGACUUUUUUUCAGCUAGCACUUGUAAGUAAUCCAGAUUUCAGACAUGGUUUCUGACUUUUUGGUUCAUUAAUAUACCUGUGAUUCAUUGCUGUUCAAAUAAUAAUCAUUUGCUUCA